AUGGCCGACCAAGACAAGAACUGCCGCUUCGAAGGCUACUUUACCUACCGACCACUCUCCAACCUUCCUACACCACCUCCAAGCUCGCGUAACUCUUCCGCAGCUCAGUCACCACGAACGACACUCGACGAUGGAGAGCCAUUGGUGCCUAGACUCCGAGGCCCCGCCAUACACCUUGUCAACCUCAUCCCAUCAUCUGCCUCGUUGGCCACAGCAUCAGUUCCUCUUGUUCAGGCCAUCCUGAGCCGCGCGAAUAUCCCGAUUGAGACUGUUGCUCUCGCAGUAUGCAUCCUCGACAGCCUCGACUCCCGAUUUGCCCGCCGCUGGCGUCUCUCAUGCCCUCUGCUGUCCGACUACUUCUCCCCCGCGUCUAAGCGACACACCCUGCCUGCGACGCCCAUCAUGCCUCAACGACAACAGCUGCACAUCGACUCAGUCAAUCCCGAACUUAUCAUUCUAGCAGCUCUCGUUAUUGCUGUCAAGUUUACAGAGGAUCCCCAGGAGUCUUCCCAAUACUACUGCAAGGCAUGGGGGCAUGGCAUGUGGUCUCACCAGCAGCUCAAUGUCACCGAGCGAUGCAUCAUGGAGAAUCUCAACUACCGCAUCAUGCCUCUCUACGAGGAAGAUUGCCUCACAGAUGCCAUGGUGGACAUGCAACUCGCUGCUCAACAGCCCGACUGGGAGUUCAACGAGUACAUGCCCAUGGAUAGCGAUGACGAGAGCGACGAUAACAUGAAUCACUACGUGCCUUCUCACUCUCGCUCCAAGACUCUCGGCUCUGGAUCGGCAGUUCUAGGAUUAGGCCUCUCUCUUACACCAGUCGACACUCCGACGGCUGAGGCCAGUCAUGCAAUUACCCCGCAACCGUCGAGGCUCUGCAACGACUACUUCAACCACUUCUAG